CGAAUCAUUACGUCACGUUUUGUAAUGGCUGCUGACAGUGUUAUGAAUUGAACACGUGAAAAUCGUAAAUAAUGCAAGUUUCUAAUCCAAAUAAUAUUAAAAUUUAUAAUCUAAGUUGUGGGAAGUCGCUCCCCGACUGGAUAUCAGAACGAAAAAGAAGAAUACUUCAAAAGAAAAAUGUUGAUAUCCGUAGACGUAUUGAACUUAUUCAAGAUUUUGAAAUGCCCGGAAUUAGUAAUUGUGUGAAAGUGUCAAAAGAUGGCCAAUAUGUUUUGGUUACCGGAAUUUACAAGCCAAGGAUUCGUUGUUAUGACGUAAAUCAGUUAUCUAUGAAAUUUGAACGAUGUAUGGAUUCGGAAGUUGUAAAAUUUGAAAUUUUAUCAGAUGAUUAUUCAAAAGUUGUUUUCCUUCAAGAUGAUCGUUACAUUGAAUUUCACGUUGCUUACGGACGUUAUUACAGAAUCAGAAUUCCUAAAUUUGGAAGAGAUAUUGCUUAUCAUUCACCAUCUUGUGACUUAUAUUGUGUGGGAUCAGGUUCAGAAAUAUAUAGGUUGAAUCUUGAACAGGGACAGUUUUUGAAUUCAUUGCAGUCAGAUUCUAGUUCCAUAAAUGUUUGUGAAGUGAAUCCAGUACAUCAUCUAGUUGUGUGUGGCACAAAAGAGAUUUUAGUAUAUGAUAUUCGUUCAGAUAAACCAUUUUACGUAAAAGAUCAUAUGUAUGGGUUACCUAUUAAAGAUAUUGAAUUUCAUAAAUCGCAGAAUUUGGUUAUCUCAAUGGACAGCAAAAUUGUCAAAUUAUGGGAUGCUAAUAAUGGCAAAAUUUUUACAUCAAUCCAAGCUACAACCGAUUUGAAUGAUUUGUGUGUUGUGCCUGAUUCAGGCUUAAUCUUCUUGGCACAUGAAGAGAGAAAAGUUUUAACUUAUUACAUUCCUGCUUUGGGACCAGCUCCUAAAUGGUGUUCCUUCUUAGACAGUUUAACAGAAGAAUUAGAAGAAUCUGGCCAAGAUAUAGUGUACGAUGAUUAUAAAUUUGUGUCAAAGAAGGAACUUGGCAACUUGGGACUCUCUCAUUUAAUAGGCACGAAUCUACUAAGAGCAUAUAUGCACGGAUAUUUUAUAGAUAUGAGAUUAUAUCAUAAGGCUAAAUCAAUAUCUGAACCUUUUGCCUAUGAAGAAUAUCGACAGAAGAAAAUAAGAGAGAAAAUUGAAGCAGAAAGAACUAAUAGAGUAAAGAUAAAAAAACUUCCUCAGAUAAAUCGUGAAUUAGCAUUAAAAUUACAAGAAGAAAAAGAAGGUGGAGGAUCAAAGAAAAAGAAAACAGGAAAUAUUUUAGAAGACGAUAGAUUCAAAGCCUUAUUUGAAAAUGUUGACUAUGAAAUAAACAAAGAAUGUGAUGAAUAUAAAUUGUUAAAUCCUAUAGUAUCAAAGAAAGAUAAAUUAAGGAAGAAAAAACUUCAAGUGCAAAUUGAAGAGGAGGAAGAAGGCCGACCCAGUUCCGAAGAUGAUGAUAGUUCUGAUGACGAUCGAGAUUGGAUUCAAGAAAUAAAAGAACAACACCGACGAUUAAGGCAGAAAACUCAUGAAGAAAAGAGUCAUGAAGGAUCUACCAAACCUUCUCAGUUUUAUGAAUUUAAAAGCAAUGAAUUUAAAGGAUUCAAUUAUGCAUAUGAAGAUGAUAAAUCAAAGACAAGUUUAGAUGAACGGUUAAAACAAAUGGAGAAUGAAGAAAUGAUAGUAUCAAAUAAUUCUGUUGGAAAUAAGACUGUUACUUUUACCAAGAAAAAGAGUGAUAAACAAGUAAAAAGAGAAGAAAGAAAUAGAGAGCAUUUAGAAGAACGCAAGAAAUUAAGAAGAUCAGCAAAGGCUUUAGUGAAAAGCACAAGGACAGGCAAAUUCCACUGAUACAGUUUGAUUUUAAUUGAUUGUAAAUGUGUAAAAUUAUAAAAUUUUAGAAAAAUAUAAUUUUUAUUGGUAAGUUUAUUUAUUUGUAAAACUAAUUA